AUGCAGCGACGGCGUCGACCGGACCUCAACAUCAAUGUUGUUCCCGCACCCAACAUUGCUAUAGUCGAGCAGCGCCGCGACGACACAGAUACCGCCCCUGCGCCACCCCAGACACCCCCGAACCAGAAGCCUUCCCUCAAGAGCAGUCUCAAGGCUGCACCGCCGUCGAACCGAGGUCACAAGCAGCCGCCCCCGGUCUCGCUAGGAUCAAAACAUACAGGCGGCGCCUUUCUCGAGGACAAGACGCCAACUUCUCUGGAGGAUAUGUACAACACCACCAAUGCCGGCGACAAUGGCCGGGGCCGCUCCAGCUCGAGGACACGCGACUCCCACGAUCUCUCUAUCCCCGCGCGAACGACCCGCGACUCGCUCGUUACCAACAUGCUACUCUCGCUUGACCAGAUGUCGAUGGGACAGAUGACCAGCACGAGGCAGACCUACGAAGAUCUGUACAACAGUCCAACACUGACAGAGACCACAGCGAGGCCCAUGUUCUUCUCGACGACCAAGCCGGCAGCCACCAACCCAUCUACUUCACAUGGGCACUCAUACUCGUACAGCUCAGACCUGGACGGUACAGACACCGAAAGCAAGGCCUCGAGUCAUGCUGGAUACCACAGAUACCACCGAAGCAACAGCAGCUCAAACUUCCAGAUGUCCUUAGGUAGGAUUAAUAGCAUGCGGGAGAUCAGCCAAAAGAGCUUACCGGCGACACCACGACACGGGCCGGCACACCAUUCGAGGAGUCGCAAGGGCAGCAAGGGCAGCAGUUCUAACAGUCUGGAUGCCGGCUACCCACCAAAUAUCAGCACUCAUCGUCGAACAUCCAACAGCAAUGUACUGAAUGGUCCCAUUCGUUCAUCGAGCUACGACCUGCCUACAAAGCCACCCAAAAACGAUGGUGGGCGUGUUGCUGGUGGUCAGGGCGCGUGGCAAAUGGAUUUUGAGAACGCCAACCUAUUCAAUGGGGCUGACGGUCGCAGAAGUAACUUUGUUGCUAAUGCAGAAGAAGAAGAUGAUGACUAUGAGGUGGCCCCAACACCAAAUAUCCCCGGAGGUCCGCGAAAGUUAAAUACCGUCCCUUCUCUACCAAAUUUUCCGGCCUCGUCGUCGCACUCGCAAUCGUUCGUGCGCCCAAAAUCACCAGCGAUACCCUCCGCGGUCGAUCCGGAACGUAAACGCAGCAUCAAGUCGACUCGGAACGCAACGGUCGGCGGCAGGGCUCGCGCCAAAUCCUCUGCGUCCUCCCGUGACCUUCCGCCCCUACCCGCGGGAGGUGCAGCAGGCCUUGACGCCGACUCGGCCCCGGCACCGCAUGUCGGCUACGAAAAGUCAAAGGGACAGCCCGUGCACGUAGGAGGAGCAAAGGGCCCCAGCGCUACGACUUCGUCAUCACAGCAACCAAGGGAAAAGGUUGGCUUCUUCAGGCGUGUUUUUGGCGGCCGUAAGGACACAGCUCCUACUACAGAUUCCCCGAUUCCCAAGACUGCCACCUCUCCACACUCCCGUCGAGGAUCCGCGGACCAAAAAUCCCAGAUGAAGUUGCGAAGCACGCCGCCGUCGCGCGAUAGCGAACACUCGGGUAACAAUGCCCCUGCGCAAUCGUCCUAUGGCACUCUUCAGAAGAAGACUUCGAGCUUUUUCAGGAGACACAAGAAACAACAAGAAGAAGCCCCUCCUCUUCCUAUCAACGUCUCUCAAACUACAUCUGGUCCACCUAAUGCUACCGUUGAUUCUGCAUCGAGUUUAUUGCCGCCCAGGCUGGCAUCUCCGCCAAAGGCUGAGUACAGCCCCGGCCUGACUCGGGCCCUGGAGCCAUAUCUGAUUAGCAGUGCCGGCCCCUCGCCGUCCAGGGAUGUUGCUGGUACCGGUACCUCGGCAGUUUUAUCCCUGUCCUCCCCGAGUGAUAUCGAUGCCAGUCGUCCAGAAAGCCGCACAGCAAUCGAGGUUUCCCGCGAGGGUCUAGUGGACUCGAACUUCUCCACGUCUGACGAACGGCUAGCCACGUCGCCAGAUGAUAUUGUUGAAUCCCAAACGCCGCGACGCCGAGAUGAUUAUGUGUCUGCAAGAAACGCAGACACGCCACAGCGGCAAACACCCUCACAGUCGAACCACAUGAUCAAAGCCGGCUCCUUCCUGAGUGAUAGCGACAGCGACAUUAGCCCCCAGCGGCCUUCGAGGGCUUCCGAAAAGACGAUUCGGCCCAAGAUGACAGACCCGAAGAAGCUCGUGCUGCCGAUUGAAGGACCUUCCCUCGAAGCCCCGUCGGAUGGGCCAAAAAUUUCAACCGCGAGCCUUCCUAGUGUCAAGAUCGACAAGGCCGAACCCGAAAAGCAACGACCGAAAAAAUCGAACAAAUCACCGACAUCUACAAGCACCAUGACUACCCCGACCACUACCCCGAUCGACGAGCCCGAGUUUGUCGUUGGGCAGCCUACUCCGGACGACAUUCAGAAAGCACAAAAGAUUUUCGAUGGCAAUGAGGACUUUAUCACGAAGGAGAAGGCUGCGGCCUGGAUGGGCGAAGAAGGUCCCGUCAGACAACGAACGUUGCAUGUUUACAUGUCACUGUUUGACUUUUCCAACCGCAGCAUUGUGGCUUCCCUCAGGGAUGUGUGUAACCGGUUGAUCCUCAGGGGCGAGACGCAGCAGGUAGACCGUAUCUUGGCGGCAUUUGCCACGAGGUGGUGUAAUUGCAACCCUGAUCAUGGCUUUAAGGCCAUUGAUGUUGUACACACCAUCUGCUACUCGAUUAUGCUGCUCAAUACUGACCUGCACAUGGCCGACAUCGAAUCGAAGAUGACCCGCAGUCAGUUCGUCAAGAAUACUAUGGGUACCAUCAGACAGUCGCUGGCUGACGCAGCACCGGAUGCUUUUGGCAGGCAGAGCAUUCUGCCUGGCAAGAACUCAUGUCUGUCGCCCGAAGACAGCCGGACCUCGGUAGACCAAGACAAGCCCAACUUUAGGAACUCAUUCCUAGGUUCCAUUUCGGUAACGGGCCGGGAAUUUAGCAACGAGCCAGACGACUGCGGUCCACUUGUCAAGGCUCCAUUCGAGGGAACUUUGCGUGCUUGGGAAGCGCAAGUCGAGGUUGUGCUCAAAGACACUUACCAGUCCAUUCGUGACCAGAGACUGCCCCUUUUUGGUGCCGGCCCACAGCUGAACUCUCAGAGCAGCCUCUCGGUGAUUGGAAUGCUGAAGCGCUCUCCUUCUGUGCUGAGCAAAGCGCCAUCCGAAGGGCACAUGUCCACCAGGGGUCGUAUCAAUGAGACUUCGCGUCCUCCGGCGACUACCUCCAGAUGGACAUCCAAGAGUCGAUCGCGGGCGAGAGCCCAGCUGGGUGCCACUGGCUUCUCGUCCAGCCGCACCAGCUUCGAAGAUAGCAAUUCGCUAUGGAGCCCAUCGGUGUCAUCAGCAACGAGAAGCCGCUACUCCCUGGGACGAACGCAGACGUCGAUGUCGAUAGAGUCGGUUGGCUCCAGCUACGCCGGAUCCAAGUUCCAACAGUCAAUCGGUUUCGCCAAUGCGCUCAGCCAAGCUAUAAUCCGCGAGGAUGUCAUUGGAGGUGCAGGGGCUGCAAGCCUUCUUAGUAUGGACAACAAUGGGGAUGAGGCGGGAAGCAACGUCGGUGACGGUGAUCGACCAUUAUUGGAGGACGAGUCUCUGGAGCUUGCGGGACCUCCGUGGGUGAAGGAGGGACGGGUGAUCCAUAAGCAUCACCUUGACGGUAUUGACAAGAAGGCGAAAGACCGCAACUGGUCUGAAGUCUUUGCCGUGGUUCAGAAGGGAACUUUGAGCAUGUUUUCAUUCACACCUAACAAAUCGAUGGGCAAAAAGAGCCGCGGCCGCAGCCACCGGCACGAUCUUGCCACCAUGGGCGUCGGCGGUGGCGGACUCAAAAGCCCACCUGUUGUGGUUGGUGGUGGAAAUUGGCAGGACAACGCGACGAAUCUGGGCACCUUCAGCCUCAAACAGACGCUCGCUUCGGCGCUGCCGCCACCGGGAUACUCGAGCUCGCGGCCGCACGUGUGGGCUCUUAGCCUGCCCACGGGAGCAGUGCACUUGUUCCAGGUCGGCACGCCCGAGAUCAGCAAAGAGUUUGUCACCACGGUCAACUAUUGGUCUGCGCGCCUCAGCACCCAUCCCCUGGUUGGUGGCAUCUCCAAUAUUGAGUACGGCUGGAGCGAAGCCAUCAUCAAUAACCCGCUCGUGACGGCCAUCACUGAAGCCACAGGCGGAGCAGCCAGCAUCGCCAGGCCCGGCAGCGCGGCGGCGACAACACAUGGCCACGGCCACCAGUCUCGCGGCUCGGUGCACUCGCGCACCGGCAGCUUCCGCUCGGGCUCGCUCGACUUUGGACGCUCUAGGUCGGCAUCGUUACAGUCGAUAGGCGUGAUCGACCGCUCGGACGCCAUGUCGGAGCGCGGCAGCGCCAGGGUUCCGUACGCUGCCAUGCACUCUGGGCGCGGCAAGCUCCCCGGCGACAAGAUCCACAUUGCCGACUGGCGGCCGCCGGCACAAUCGCUGCGACCGUCGUCGCAGUCUGAGGAGAGCCAGCUCGCCACUCUAACGGCGUACGUGGCCUCGAUCGAGGAGGAGCUGCGCCAGCACAACGCGCUGCGCAGCCCAAUGCUCCUGGCCUUUAGCCCCCGCAGCAGCAACGCCUCCAAGGCCAUGGGCAACUGGCAGCGCAAGAGCGAGUACCUCCUCCGCGAGAGCGUCAAGUAUAGGACCUACGUCGACGCCUUGCACGAGGCCGCCCAGAGGAAGGAGGAGGUCUACGGCCAGAGGAAGGACGAGUAA